AUGCAAAAAAAUACUAAAAAGUACUUAGUAUUUAAGUACGUGCUUCCCGAUGACUAUUUGAUUGGCAAAGUUGUUUUCUAUCAAGUUUUAAUGGAAAUCAUGAAAUGCUAUAAUUUAGUGGAGUUUUAUGAGAAUAAAUUUUGCGAGAAAUGGUUCAAAGCUUAGAUAUAUUCGAAAGACAUGGAUAUUGUUAAUUAAUAUCUUCGUAAAGUGACAUACUCACUGGAAGAUAUUCUGAGCGCUGAAGAGUAGUAACUCAUGUUUCAUGUUGAAACGAUAAGAUCAUAUAUAGUGACAAUGAUUAACAGGGAGUUUUAUGAAAUACAUGCACUAAAAUUAAGGAAAAAAUAGCAUAAAUUUGAGUCCUAGAAUUAACAAAUAUUUACACAUGAUCACUCAGCCAAUAUUAUUCAAAAUAAUCAAAGUUCACCAACGAACUCUUCAAAUUUCAGAUCAAAAUUAUAUAAACCAAUAAAUGUUAAUUAACCUCAAAUCAGCCUUAAUAACUCCUAAAUUACUCAGACUCAGGAUGAAAGAAAUGAAAACUCUCAGCUACUUAAGUUUAGUUAAAAUUAAGUCAGAGGAAUGAAUAAUAUGAAUUAGUAAAACUAGUAAAAUUUAAGUUUCAUGGAAAAUAUUCAAUAAAAUAAGAGAAGUUCAAAUACCAAUCUUGAAGAAUCUAAUAAGUUAUCAAUAUAAAGACAUAGAAAGGAUCUAGAUGAAUUCAAAUAACAAGUGAAUGAAAGGCUUGAAAAAAUUGAAAAUACUCUGAAUUUACAUUCCUAAAAACUGAUUAGAUUAGAAAAUAUUUUAGAGGCGAUCGCUAGGAAACUUGGAUGUGAUAUUGAGGAAUUAUUGAAUUAAAAGAAGUAGUGA